AAAAGUCUGAUAACCUGUUCGUUAGUACGCAACUGAAAUGGAUUCAACAAUAGUAAAAGGAUUUAACCUUAACGAGGAAAAACAAAAGUGGUCAAACCUUGUUCAAGAAAUGCCGACAAGCGAGAACGAGACCGGACGAAUUACAAUAAUUGGAUCGGGAAUAAAAAGUAUUGGCCACCUCACAUUGGAAGCCGUUGGCUUCAUGAAAUCCUGCGAUAAAGUGUUCUAUUUAGUGGCCGAUCCUGCCACCGAGGUCUACAUUAAAGAGAUGCGACCAGACGCCAUGGAUCUGUACGCCAUGUAUGAUGACGGGAAGGAUAGAUACGAGACAUAUGUCCAGAUAUCAGAGGUGAUACUUCAAGAGGCUAGAAAAGGUGUACAUGUUGCGGCCGUUUUUUACGGUCAUGCGGGAGUAUUUUGCCUGCCUCCACACCGAAUCCUGCAGAUUGCCAAGAGGGAGAGGAUAGCUGCCAAAAUGUUGGCGGCACCAUCUGCUGAGGAUUGCUUGUUCGCUGAUCUUGAGAUCGACCCGGCCUUUCCCGGAUGUCAAUCGUUUGAGGCGACCGACAUGCUGCUACGGAAACGGAAACUUUUCACGGACAUUCACACGGUUCUGUGGCAAGUUGGAUGCGUCGGAAAGACCGAUUUUCAGUAUCAAGGUUUCGGAAACGAAAAAUUACAUGUUUUGAUUGAUUUCCUUCAAGACAUCUACGGAAGAGAUUAUGAGAUCGUUCACUACAUCGGGUCGCAGUAUGCGGUUUGCGACCCAGUCAUUGAGAAGUUCAAACUGAGCGAGUUCAAGAUGAAGAAGGUCCAGGAGAAAAUCAAGUCUAUUUCGACCUUUUACAUCCCGCCAAAGGAUGUCUCCAGUGUUGAUGAAAACAUGUUGAAAGAAUUAGGUUUUCACCAGGAAGAAAUAAGCAGAGGCUUCAAGAAGGCAUUCAAAGAUAUUUCGUCUUACGGUGCGACAGAAAAAAAGGCGUUAGCAGCGCUCAAGGAUUGGCGUUUCCCGAUCAACUACUCUUUUGUCGAACCGACAAACAUGUCGAGGAAGCUGGUUCAACUCUGUCUGAAUCCCGCGGAAGAAAAAAUGUCUAACCUUACAGAGGACGAGCAAAAAGUGGUAAGAAAUGGGGACAGCGGAGCGAUUAGAAGGAUGCUUAAACCACAUGGGGAAAUGGUUGCAGGGGAUGUGGUAGUCGUGGCUGUUGUGAUUAUAAUGGCAUAA